GACCGCCCUCUCCUACAGGUGCAUGCCGGGUAAUGCAGGAUGGCGUCUGCGGGUUGUGUGGAGGAAUGAAGCGGCUGACCGCUGCCUGUUUCCCCGGUGAACCCGCGCUGUCAGCGGCCUUAGUGUUUCAGCAGAGCGGAGCUGCCGGUGUUACUGAGCUAUGAGGAGUGGCGUGCUGUUGCCUCCAGACAGCCUGGCUGUUGGACUAUGCUGUGUUUGUUCUCUGGGUGGCGCCUCCUGAGCCGAGCUCGCCACCUUCCCCGCCCCGCUGCCGCUCAGCCAGUUGCCAUGUACGCCACCCGCCUCUACAACCCUGCGGGGGGAGGAGGAGGAGGAGGGGGAGGAGGGGGGGUUAAACAGGGUCGACGGGCGGGUCUGGCCGUCCUGGAGGCCCCUCACCCCCCUCACCCUCACCUUCCCCAUCACCCACACCCAGCCCCGCCUCCCCCUACCUUCCCGCUGUACCAGGGGCGCCCUGAUGCUCACAGAGGGGCGCACUUCCACCCCCACUACCACCCACAGCCUGCCCACCUGGCCCCUCCCCCGCUGCCCCCUCACUACCAGCACCAUGCACACUACCACUCAUACGGAGGAGGGGCUCCGGCCGCCGCUGUGGGCAGCAGGAAGAAGACGUGGAACUUCAUCCACGAGAAGAUGAGCUACGACACGUUCUUCACCAUGAAGCGGCUCAUCGAGCGCUCGCGGCGUCCUGACGAGGUCUUGCGCUGGGUUACACAGAACCCUGCCAAGAUCUCCCACAACCACUACCCCGUGGCCUUGCAGAAGAUCGGACAGCUACUGCAGGCCACGCCAACGCUGGCGUCAUCGCCGCGAGCAGCGCCCGGCGGCGAGGACCCCGACACGGAGGCUCCCAGAGGAGCCGCAGAGGCAGCCGACGGACGCCAGAUCCUGGAGCAUCAGGACUUCCAGACGCUCUGCAACGCCAUCGUCAACGACUGCGCCAAGUUUGACAACUUCAGCAUCGUCAACUGCCUGUACGCCGUGGCGGCGCUCGGCCUCCCCAGUGACUCAGCCGUGGUGCAGGUGCUGGAGGCGGAGUCCCAGGCCAGACUGAGCCAGUUCAACCAGAAGGACGUGUCCAUGGUGUUCAGCUCCAGCAUGAAGCUGCACCCGGGCAGCCAGCACGCUCUGACCGAGGCCUGCCUGGCCGGCCUGGAGAAGAACCUGGAGAGAGAGCGCCACCCGCAGACGCUCUUCCUGCUGCUGUCCUACUACAGACUCAAGCUGCGCUCGCUGCAGACGCACCAAGCAGCCGGCGCCACUACAGCCGCCACUACAGCCGGUACAGCUGCUACAGCCGCGGCCGACAACAGCAGCACGCCUCCAAACCCCGAGCAACUGCUCGCCAACAGGAAGAUCUUGCGUCUGGUGAAACACACUCUGGCGAGCGUCAGCGGCGUGCGGGACCAGGAGAUGGCGCUGUUGGAUGAGAUGUUGGCGGCAUGCGUUCGGGAGGCGAGCAACAAGAGUCUGGAGUUGAUCUUCAGCUCUCACCUGUUCUACCAGAACAGACAGGAGAGGUUCAUCAGCAGCCUGGCAGAGGAGCUGCCGAAGAAGGUGGACAGCAUCACUCCGUACACGAUGGCUCUGAUCGCCAAGUACAUCGCUCGCCAUCGGCUGAGAGAGACUCGCCUGCUGGACACCGUCGCAGACUUCCUGGUGAAGAAGGCCGAGUACCUGGACAGCAAGGUGAUCCAGAAGCUGGUGUUCCCGUUCAGCAGGAUGAGUUACCGUCCGUCCAACGAGCAGCAGUUCUUCUCUCGGCUGGAGGAGGUGGUGGAGCUGAAGGCCCUCAGCUCGCCGCUCGCCACCGUCAACAUCCUGAUGUCUCUGUUCCAGCUGGGACAUUUCCCCGGGCUGGUGCUGCACCGAGUCUUCUCCUCCGCCUUCAUCAGCAACGUCACCAACAGCCCGUAUGCUCUGAUCGUGAGGCGGUACCUGUCUCUGCUGGACGCGGCCGUGGAGCUGGAGUACCGAGAAUACUCCGGACCUCGACUGCAGGACGCUCACAAGGUGCUGAUGUUUGACCACGCACUGACUGCUGACGAGGUCAACCGCAAGUACAGUUAUAAAGGUCUGGUGGCCGAGGCUCUACGUCAGCUGGUUGGAGAGCACAACUACAAACAGGACGAAGUUCUGGCCCCGGGAUACUACACAGACUUUGUGUUGCUGAUGGACAGCUCUGGGCGGGUUCUGCCCGUCAGGACCGCGAGCGCCGCUCCGUCUCUCAGCAUCGUUCCUCUGUCCUGCGUAGCCGUGGCGUCCAAGCCAGCUGACGGCGCCGUUGCCGUGGUAACUUCAGAGUUCCAGAAGUUUUCUCCGUUCGCGGCGCUGGAAGAGGGCGCAGAGCCAGCGGGUCAGGUGGGCGUGGCCAUGGAGCCGCGGUCCUUCCUGUCCCACAGCAUACGCAGCAGCCUGCCCUCGCCACUGCCACGGCAUGGCGCUAACGGCAGCCCGUAUGGCGCCUACUACGUCCCUGGGGCGGAGUUCUGCUCCGGUCUGGCCAAGGAGCACUCUGUGGAGAGCCAGGACAGCUCCACGCUAAGCAGCCCGCCCUCUGAUGGCGUGCAGGGCCCCCCGGGGCCCGCAGCCGCUGCUCCGGACGCACUCUUCCAGUUCUCCAUCAGGAAGAUCCUGGAGGACGAGGCCGCGGCGCCUGGGGGCGCAGGGGCGGACUGCGAGCUCCCGCCCGGUUUCUACGAAGGUAUGACGUAUUCUGAGGGGCCCGCGGCCAACAGAGGGGCCCCGUCACCACAGCUGCACCCCCCCGACAGAACCGACGCCGCUGAUAACCCCCAAUCAGAGCCGAGAGCCGGCAUCAGGAGGCUCAUCAUGUCCGUCAACGAUAAGUGGCAUUACUGCCACAACUCUGAGGUUCUGGUCGGCUCCCGGGCCAUGAGGGACCGCCACCUGAGGCUGCUGGGAUACAUCAUCCUGCAGCUGCCGUACCACGAGCUGGAGAAGCUGAACGGCAUCGAGGAGGUGAAGCAGUACCUGCACAAGAAGCUGCUGGACGUCCCGCUAUGACGCUCUCUCUCUCUCUGUGUCUCUGUGUGUGUGUGUGUAUGUGUGUAUGUGUGUGUGUGAGAGAGAGAGGGGGUCAGAGGCGACACCUGUUACAGAUUUCAGCUGCAACCAACGAUUAUUUUAUCCAAUAAUCUGCUCAAAAUUCUGUCCUUUUUUAAUCAUUGAGUCUUUAAGGCUCUCAUUGUCGGCUCAGCUGACAGGAAACUGAACUGGUGGUCGGACACAAAAAGACUUCAUUAACAUUUUAUAAACCAGUCAACGGAUAAAUCAAUCAGUCGUUGCAGCUGCUCUGAGUGAACAGUAGUAAUGUGCAGGUGGACUCAGACUCCCAUGAGGCUUUGCAGCUUUUUAAAGGACCAUCCCGCUGUUUUCUGACCAUUUUCCAAACCAUCAGCCACCAACCAAACUCUGUUCAUUUUUCAGUGUAUUUAAAGAAACAAAGUUAUAUUUAUUCAUCUAAUUUCAUGUUGUUCUCUCUGCUCAUGAUGGCUGAUGCCAGGUGUGUAAUUCUGGUGGAAAAUAUGACUUUU